ACAGCGCCAGAUGCUGGAAAGUAAACACUCCCCUCUAUCCCUCCGUUUGCAGAAAGUUGAGGUGGGAGGGGAGACAUGGGGAGAGGGUCUCUCUCUGUCUGCUCCUUUGUCAUUGGAAGACUCUGCAGAAAAGAGAGGACUACAGCUCCACAGCCAGAGACGUGCCAGGAGACGCAGGAGCAGCUAUGUGAAUGAGACGGGGGCAACGCGGAAACACACGGCUGCACUCUGGCAGAUGUACGACGCGCGUCAUUCAACUUUACGCGGAUCAAAGUUGGAAGGACCCAGCUGAGUUGUGCAUCCUCAGGCUGAAUCAGAGAAAGGAGGUCAGUGUGAUGAACAGCAUGCUGCCUCAAAGGAGUGCUGUCGCCACGCUGGGCUACAGCUCAGACUGUGGGAAGAUCGAGCACAGCAGCAGUGGCUCUGUGGGUGGGACGGUUCUGAGGGGCUCCCGCUCUAAGGCAGAGCUACAAGAGCUGAUGGAGACCCUGCAGCGGAGAAAAAGUGCUCUGGAGGCCAGCUUGAGGGCAGCUGAGUGCAGCCGCAAGUACCUCAGCGUGCCUCCGCCUGGGGGAUCUCAAUCCAACAGACCUCUGUCAAUCCUCAGCAACACAGACAGACCACCAUCAAGAACUUUCUCCUACAUGUCCAGCAGCAGCGUUCCUCCAUCGCCUCGCCAAGGUGAACGACAGCUAAGCCCAAAUGGUUUCCAUCGCCAUUCCCAUUCUCGCCACAUGUCACAAGACAGUCUGCUUGCAGCCGAUGGAAGCUCUCUACUCUCCUCCUAUGGGCCGUCUGUACCUCGUUCUCCGAGAGUGAAAAGUGGUGCAGCCAGUGUGCCGUCCAGCCCCCGAAUGGGCCGCAGGCUCUACUCUCAGGGCAAAGCUGGAGGAGACUCCCGGCAGAGGAAAUACUCCACUGGCUCCCUCAACAGCCUGGGGAUGCACAGCCGCUCUCUGCCACGGCUUCACAACGCAGCAGACCCCCCUGCUCUGUCACUGCCAUCGCGCCACUCAGUGGGUUCCCACAGAGGAGUGAGUUCAGCAGGACAGAGACGCAGUCUUUCUUCCCUAGAGCAGCCGCCUGAUGUGACAGUACCAGCCAGCAUGCCCAGCACUCCUAGGAGGGCCAGCCUGGCCUCUCUGAGCUCUCUGGGUGUGGAUAUGGAUGGGACUGGUUUGGAUCUGAGCUUUGGAGAAAGGAGGUUGUCUUUCGGGAAGGGUGGGCUAAGUGCAGGUCAGAGAGUUGGCAGCAUCAGCUCACUGAAUGGCAAAGAGGAGCUGAGAGAUUAUCACCAGCACCAGAGAGAUGAGCGACUCAGGGAGCAGAAAGUCCAGAGAUUGGAGUGCCAGCGUCUGGAGACCAUCUUAAACCUGUGCACUGAAUUGGGUCAGGUGGAAAGAGAGCCAGCAGUCUCAUCUGUGUCAGACCUGCAGAAGAUCAAUAAGGAGUUGGAGAAGCUGCAGGUGUCAGACGAUGAGUCAGUGUUUUCUGACUCUCCCAGCAGCGCGGCUCCAGAGAGCAGCUUUGGGGCCAAAGCCAACAGAGACUUCCAGCUGGCUGAGGAGCAGCAGGCCAACCAGCGUCAGCAGAGCGUCUACAGAGAAGCCAGGUCCCAAUCACCUGCUGUCAGCCUGAAUAGCAGCGCCCCCUCACCCUCCACCCACCACAGAGCCAAAGCUUUGGACACAGUGCAGCUGAAGCAGGAAGUAUCGCAUAUAGAAGAGGAGAGGAUCCAAGUUCUGAACAACAUAGAGGAGCUGGAGCAGAAGAUCAAAGACCUGGACAACCAGAUGGAGGAGUCUGUCAGAGAGAUGGAGGUGGAGUUAGCUCUGCUGGAGGGGGAGCAGGAGUCAGAGAUGACACAGCUGCAAAGAGAAAAGCAGCUUCUGGACCAACUUAAGGAAAAGAUUCAUGGCAGUGAGAAGACCAGUCAUACUGAGAAGUCACAGGAGGUGGAGGAGCAGACAAAAAGUCUGGAGGAUCUGGAGUUUCAGAAGCUGGAAAGAGAAAUUAAUCAGAAUGAGGAAAAGGAGACUCACAGCCAAGACGUGCUGCGAGAGAUCGCAGAGUAUCAGCGACUUAGUGUCAGUCGAAAGGAACGACUCAUGACGCUGAAGAAACAGUCAUCACAGAUCACCUUACAGGCUCAGCAAGAACGAGAGAAUUUCCAGAGAGAGAAAAACAAUUUGCUCGUCAUGCUUCAGAAGGAAAGAGAGAAGCUGGCGUCAUUGGAAGGAAAGUAUGCAGAACUGUCUGAGGGGCAGAGCUUUACUAACAACCCUGUGGCCAUCUCAGAGCACUUGCACUCUCUGAAGGAAAGGAGAAGAAGCAGCGGUAGCAAAGAAAACUCUUCUCACCCGAGUGACGGCCAGUCUCAUAAGAGGAGCCAGCAGAUCCUCAACUCUUAUGGCAGAUCCCUUGGACGCACACUUCCUCCGAAGGCUCACCUGCCUCUGUCACAGAGCUCCAGUUGUGGCAGUGUGAUCCCACCAGGCUUCAGCUUCUCCCCGCGGGACCUGAACGUCCGCCAUCGGCCCAAGAGUAACAGCCACGCACACAUGAACGAAGACAGGCAAAGAAGAAGUGACUUCUGCAGAGGGAUGGUCUCUGAGCCCAACGUGUUCCUGGACUCCUUCUCAUACCCGGACAACAGCCAGACCUCUGACACUGUCAGUGUGGACAGCUCUGACAGCCUGGAGACCAGCUUCUCCGCCUGCUCCCCAGACAACAUCUCCAGUGCCAGCAUGAGCAACAUGAUAAAGAUCGAGGAGAUGGAGCGUUUACUGCGUGAGGCCCAGGUAGAGAAGCAGAGACUGCUCGAACAUCGGGAGCGGGAGAUGGAGAUGCGCAGGCAGGCUCUAGAGGACGAGAGAAGAAGAAGAGAGGAGCUGGAGAAGCGUCUGCAGGAGGAGACGAGCAGGAGACAGAGGCUUGUGGAAAGAGAGGUGAAGCUCAGGGAGAAACAAAGAUCUCAGUCCCGACUGCUGACUCGCUACCUCCCUGUAAGGAAAGACGACUUUGAUCUUCAUGGCCACAUUGAGGCGGCGGGACACAGCCCAGAUGCCUGCUUCCAUCUGGCCAUCACUGAUAAAACCUGCAGGGGAUUCCUGGUCAAAAUGGGUGGCAAGAUCAAAACCUGGAAGAAACGCUGGUUUGUGUUCGACCAGAAUCGCAGAACGCUCACCUACUAUGCAGACAAACAUGAGACCAAGAUGAAAGGAGUCAUUUACUUCCAAGCCAUAGAGGAGGUGUACUAUGACCACUUGAAGAAUGCACACAAGAGCCCCAACCCCUCGCUGACCUUCAGUGUGAAGACCCACGACCGGGUGUACUACAUGGUGGCUCCAACGCCUGAGGCCAUGCGUAUCUGGAUGGAUGUCAUAGUAACAGGUGCUGAAGGACACAUGCAUUUUAUGGUGUGACUGAUCCUUACUGAUCAUCACAAGAUCUUUGGUUAAUGUUGUCACAUGAGAAGACUGAGCAGAGCUCUGCUUGUGAAAGGUAACAGAAAGAAUCAUCAUGCAGAGCUGAGACGAAUGACCAUCGGGUCAACAAAGAAACUUCUGUUUACACUUCAGGUUUUUGUUGCCUUCGAGGGCAACUCGUGUCCAAAAUCACACUAUAUAUGACAUUCAUGUACAACUAUAACACAGCAAAGUAAGUGAUAUACUUUUUCAUAAUAAGCUAUUAAGUUAAUUUUGUAUUUGUUAAUGUGCCAUACGUGGUUGAAGCAUUCCUAAAUCUUGCUCUUACAUUUUCCAUAUUUUUGGCUCCUCAUUAAACAUCUUGCGCGGCA